CCAUCGAUAAGAUAACUAUCGUUCCUAUAAAGAGACACCACUAGCCAUAGAACUUGGCACUAUUCUGGUCCUUGCAUCACUAAAAUGACGUCGAACCAAAUAUACACCAACUUUUGUACACGGAUAAUUUUUAUUAUUGUAUCCCUAUCAUUGCAGGUACAGCCUGAGAGGAUUGUUAAUACCCCCAUAGUCACCACUUUUGGGGAAUGGCAGGAGUGGGAUUCUUGUCCCGAAGGUACAUUCGCGACAGCAAUGGAUAUUCAAACCAGGGAACUCGACACCGCUAGGGGAGUCAAGGAUAAAACUGGCAUUAUUAGCGCAGUUUUCCAAUGCUCUUAUCCCUUCACCCCAAAUAUAGCUGAGCAUUUCAUAUACACCAAGGUCAAAGGAGUAACAAACCGAGUGUUCAACGGCACUACCAAAGAAUCACAGUUAAAGGAUGGAUUAGAAAUAAUUCACUCCCUUCCUUUGCGAGCUAGCUGUGAUGGGAUAAUUGUCAGUGUCGAAGUAAUGAACUAUGAGAAGCAACUAGCCCUCGAUAACACGGGGGCAUCAAACUUAAGGAUCUACUGUUCUGACAUGACCGAAGAUGACACUGCUUACGUAGAAGGUUACGGAAUUUAUGAUGGAGAAUGGUCUUCCCCAGUGUCUUGCGGGGCAAGGCGAGGUAUUUGUGGAAUGCAAACUCUUUCUCAGGACUUGUUCACAAGCAUGGACGAAUCUGCAGUCAAUGCUUUCCGUUUUAAAUGUUGCGAGAUCAGCAAUCCUGCCAAUUCCUGCCAACCAUCAGAGGAGUGGGAACUGGUACAGGAAUGUCAGAAUCCAGGGAACUCUACUCCAGCGUUUACUUGUGCAUACGUCAGAAAAACAGGAGUGUCCUCUUUGGCGACGGGAAACCACGAAAACCAUUCUGCGAGAAGUUUUUAUAACUCGGUUGGGUUUGAUUUAGGCUCAGCAGAUUAUUUGAUGUUAAAUUCUCUGAAAAAUAACUUUGCCGAUACCUUUUCCAUAAGCAAAUUGUCGACGGCACUUGAUUGGUCUGCAACCGGACUAGAAAUUUGGGUACCCGAGAAGUCUGAAGAAGUAACUUAUUACUCAGUUCCCACGGGUAAAUCUGUAAAAAUUUAUCAACUAGUGGGAACUUGUUCAUACUUUUCAGUUAGGACGCCCAUUGUCAAACAAGUUACUUCUUAGUAGACAAAAUGAAUGAGACAAAUAAAUAAUAUGUAUCUAUUUCUAAUUGUAAUUGUUUACCAAUAAUAUGCAAGCUCCACUCGAUUUUAAUCAAAGAAUGCGAUACGACAUUAUAAAAAAAUUAUGAAAAUCGUUAUAUUCAUCUCCAUCUCAAUAAUGAAGGUACCUGUCAAAAAAUUAAAUAAAUUAUCAUUGAACCA